GAAAGAGUAGGAAAAAACAGGAUUCUUCAAAAAAAAAAAAAAAGAGAAACAAAAAGAAGAACAGAGUACAUUGUAAAUUCCAUUCCAAUUCGAAUGGCGGAGACACAACAGAAAGAGAAGAUGGUGAAUGGAAAUAGCUGCGAAGUAUCUUGUCAUUCGAAUCCUGAUCCUUCAACACCACCACCGUCUGAUCGUCCUGUUCGUGUUUAUGCUGAUGGGAUCUAUGAUCUCUUCCACUUUGGCCACGCUCGCUCCCUUGAACAAGCUAAAAAAGCGUUUCCGAACACCUACUUGCUUGUCGGAUGUUGCAAUGAUGAAAUCACACACAAAUACAAGGGAAAAACUGUCAUGACAGAGGAAGAGCGUUAUGAAUCUCUUCGCCAUUGCAAGUGGGUGGAUGAAGUCAUUCCUGGUGCGCCUUGGGUGAUUGAUCAAGAAUUUCUUGACAAGCACAAUAUUGACUACGUCGCUCAUGAUUCUCUACCCUAUGCUGAUGCCAGUGGAGCAGGAAAGGAUGUCUAUGAAUUUGUAAAAAAAGUUGGAAGGUUCAAAGAAACAAGAAGAACUGAUGGCAUUUCUACGUCGGACAUUAUAAUGAGGAUUGUCAAAGACUAUAACCAGUAUGUCUUACGUAAUUUGGAUCGAGGAUAUUCGAGAAAAGAGCUUGGUGUUAGCUACGUAAAGGAAAAGCGACUGAGGGUGAACAUGAGGUUGAAGAAACUACAAGAGAAAGUGAAGGAACAUCAAGAAAAAGUUGGAGAAAAGUUUCAAAUUGUUGCAAUGCAUCGUAAUGAAUGGGUGGAAAAUGCUGAUCGUUGGGUUGCUGGAUUCCUUGAGAUGUUUGAAGAAGGUUGCCAUAAAAUGGGCACAGCCAUCAGGGAUCGAAUUCAAGAGCGAUUGAGAGGGCAGCUGUCAAAUGGGCUGCUGGAAAAUGGUAAGGCAAACAGUGAAGACGAUGAUGAAGAGUAUUAUUAUGAUGAUGAUGAUUAUGAUGACGAUGACGAUGAAGAAUAUUAUACCGAGACAUAUGACAAAGAUGCGAAAAGUAAGAAGUAGAUUGCCUUAUUCAUGCUUUACUGGUAAGAGUUCCAAUCAGAAACGUGCCUUGAUGAUUACUUGUUUUGGGUGCUUUUGUAAGGUGCUUGUAUAAUGGUCGUGGCAAGUAAGGUUUGUUGCUUGGUUUUGCUAUAGGGAGUCUGGAUUUGAGUCUUGUUUUUGUAAUUUUAUUACUUUUCUAUCAAGGGAGCUUGGUUUCAGUUGAAA